CCUCAAAUUUAAUCAUAAUUUAAAUACCCUAAGAAAUUGAAUUUAAAAUUUAAAACUCUAGAAUUAAAUGUUUAAAAUUAUGCAUUAAUUCAGUUUAGGAUAGUAUUUUGUCUACAAGAAGAAUAAUGAAAAAGACAGCAGCUAAAUCUAAAGCUUCUCAUGGCUGUAAAAAAAUAUCGUCUUAUUUCGCUGUACAAUCUACGAAGAGAGUAGAUAUAAUUAAAAAAGUCGAGUCUAAAGUAGUUGGUGAUAUAAUAGUUCUAGACUCUGAUGAUGAUAGUGUAGAUAAGUUAGAGAUAAAACAACAGUCUUUGAAUAAAAGAAAAUACAAUGGAAGCUCAAGUAUUAGUCCACCUUUAAAGAAAGUAUACUGCGAAGAAAAAUCAGGCUUAAGUAUGAAAGAUACUAACGAUAGUAAUUGCACAAAACCAUCAACAUCUGGAAUCAAUUCUUCAGAGUCAGGUUUAAUGCUAAAGAAUAUAAAAGACCUAUUAUCAACCAGUGCCUUAAAAACAUAUAAUUCUAUAGAAGAAGAUUUAGAAAAUUGUCCAGAUAAAGAAGAAUCAAACAAAUUUGAUGUACAAGCUGCUUCUCUAAGUAAAAAUAUACAUAUACUGUCAACUCCCGAGAAACAAAUCAAAACUGUACCAUCUACCAGUUCCAAAAAAUCUCCAAACGCAAAUUCGUCAAAGAAAAAUAAUGGGGAAAAAUCAAGCAGCAAAAAAACUCCUAAAAAGAUAUUCACUAGGUCUCCUAGUAAUUUGAAUGAGUUUAAUGUAGAAAUUUUAAAGAACUUUGUUAGAAUUACGCCUAGUAAGAAGGGGCAGAGUGAUAGUAGUGGAAAAAAAGCACAAACUAAGAAUGAAACGACCCCAAACAAAAUUUCUAAUACUACAGUUUUCUCUCCAACUGGAAAAGUCAGAGGAAAGUUAGAUUUUUCAUCUUGUGAAAAGAAAAUAUCUACAGUUUCCGGCCCAGAGAUUAAAUUAAACAACAAAGAAAAUGUUGAUCUGAUUAAUGUUGAUUUUGAUGAUAGUUGGGAUGGUGAUAUGUUUGAUAAUUAUAACUUGGACUUAUCAAAUUUACAGCAUUGUAAAGUAGUAAAUGUUGAUAGAGAAAACUUUGAUGUAAUUCUUACAGUGAAAUCAACAAGUUCUAAUGAAAAAGCAAUCUGUAGACUUAGAAGUAUCUGGAUUGAUACUAAGCUCAAUAUUGGAGAUACUGUUAAUAUAUCAGCUAAAAAAACUGCAGAAAAUGAAUGGUUGUUGGAUAAUAAAAACGGUUUAUUGGUUUAUGACCCUGAUUUUCUUUUUUCUGCUUCCAGUAUAUCAAAUGCCAUUUUCUGCAAAAGAAAACUUAUUUUUGCUGAAAGGUAUCGUGGCUAUGAUCCAACAAACAGAUUUAUGAUUAUUGGAUAUAUGGUGCAUGGUCUUCUUCAGGAGGUUCUUGUCAAAAAUAUAUACCAGCUUAAAGAUAUAGAAAAAUGUGCAGAAGAUAUAUUGUAUCAACUUAACUCAAUCAAGGACAUCUAUGCCAGUGGAGACAAAUUUGAGGCCAUAAAGGAAGACUUUUACUUCUACAUUCCAAAGAUCCGUGAGUUUUUAGACAAAUAUAUCGAGGGACGUACCAAAUUCCCUGCUGCUCCACCGAAAAAGGGUGAUUGGAAAGGUACCAUUUCAAAAAUAGAGGAUAUUGAAGAAAAUAUUUGGUGUCCAGAUUUGGGAUGGAAGGGCAAGGUAGAUGUAACAAUAAAAUAUGGAAAUAAAGUUAUGCCCCUUGAAGUUAAAACAGGAAGAGCAUCAGUGUCUGUUGAACAUAGGGGGCAGGUCUUAUUGUAUAUCCUGAUGAUGAACAAACUGGGCUACAAAGUCUCAUCAGGAUUACUUCUAUAUUUGAAGGAAGGAACUCUCAAAGAAAUACCACCUACAGAAGCCGAAAAAAAUGGUUUAAUGAUCCUACGUAACGAAAUGGCGUAUUAUUUGUCUAAACGUCCCAAAGUAACAAAAGAUCAAGGAGAGCAGAUUUUCGUAGAACCUCACGAAAUACCUGAACCUAUAAACCACAAGUCUUGCGCCAAUUGUCCUUAUAAUGUUGUUUGUGUAGCUCAUGCCAGAUAUUUUAAGGAAGACCUUUCUAGAUUUCCAUAUCUACAAAGUGUGGCAGACGAAGUGAGUGACGUUAUAACUCAGGUUCACGUGGAUUAUUUCAUGCAUUGGAGUUCGUUACUAGUUUUGGAAAUGUCUAAUAGAGAAGACUCCAAACAGAUGAAAGAUAUCUACACUCUUUCUCCUAGUGAGAGGAAGAAGAAAGGUAAGUGCUUGAUAAAUCUUAAACUCGUAAAUGUGAAACCCGAACCUAAUGGACUGUAUAGCCACACGUUCACCGAUUUUUCUCAAGAAAAUGGAUUUUCUGAACAGAACGGCAACUUUUUAAGUAGCGGUAUCGUGGAUAGUAGCUAUAUCGUGGCCAGUACCGAAUCCAGACCCGCUGUUGCCUCGGGUUUUGUAACUGAAUUAACGGUUAACUCUAUAGUUGUAACCCUGGAAAGAGAUUUGAGAAAGAAAUACGAAAAUCAACGUUUUUUUCUCGAUUCAUAUGAAUCUACUUCAGUAUUAACUUCUAAUAUGGCCAGUUUAAACUUAUUAUUAGGAACGACUGAACAAGCAAAUAAACUUAGGCAUAUUAUAAUUGACAGACCUCCUCCAGUAUUUCGACCAAAGAUUCCUAAAAUGGUAGCCCAGAAGGCCAAGCCUAUUCUCAAAAGGCUGAAUCGCUGCCAACAGAGGGCAGUACUAAAAGCCAUAGCUGCAGAAGAAUAUUUGUUGAUCAAAGGUAUGCCAGGUACGGGUAAAACUGCCACGAUUGUAGCCCUGAUUCAGUUGCUAGUAGAGAUGGGAAAGACUGUUUUAAUAACCAGUCAUACACACUCCGCUGUUGACAAUGUAUGUCUGAGACUGAUCAAGUAUGGUGUUAAGUUCAUGAGAUUGGGCAAUAGGGGGAGGAUCAAUAAAAAUCUUGCUGAUUACGCCGAAGAUAAAUACACUGAGAUGUGUUCGACGCCUGAACAAUUGGAGAGAGUUUAUAAUAGUGUGGUAAGCCAUUUUUUAAGAAUGUUUUUAGAAGUCUUUAUUAAUGACACUUUAUUUUUUACUAGACCUCCUCCAGUAUUUCGACCAAAGAUUCCUAAAAUGGUAGCCCAGAAGGCCAAGCCUAUUCUCAAAAGGCUGAAUCGCUGCCAACAGAGGGCAGUACUGAAAGCCAUAGCUGCAGAAGAAUAUUUGUUGAUCAAAGGUAUGCCAGGUACGGGUAAAACUGCCACGAUUGUAGCCCUGAUUCAGUUGCUAGUAGAGAUGGGAAAGACUGUUUUAAUAACCAGUCAUACACACUCAGCUGUUGACAAUGUAUGUCUGAGACUGAUCAAGUAUGGCAUUAAGUUCAUGAGAUUGGGCAAUAGGGGGAGGAUCAAUAAAAAUCUUGUUGAUUAUACCGAAGAUAAAUACACUGAGAUGUGUUCGACGCCUGAACAAUUGGAGAGAGUUUAUAAUAGUGUGUUUACGAAUUUUAAUUUUUCUUUUAGGGAGUUGGGUAUGGACGAAAGUUUGUUUGAAAGGCUCGAUAGCGAAGAAUCUCGCAUUAGUUUGAACUUGAACUAUCGCAUGAACGAGCCUAUAACAGCUUUGGCCAAUGCUUUAACUUACAAUGGCGAAUUGCUCAUUGCCACUGAAGAAAUAGCCAAGGCAUCAUUAAAUCUGCCUAAUAUUGAGACAGUAAAACAAAAGUACAAAGGCAUGUCUUGGAUUUUAGAAACGUUAGAUACUUCUUUAGAAAGGGCUGUGCAGUUCAUUGAUACAGGCCCAGUUUGGGACUUAGAACACACAGUUCCGUGGACCCAGGACGGAAAUGGUGAUAAACAAGAAGCAGAAAAGUUAGUCAAUAUCUACGAAGCUGCCAUUAUUUUCCACUUAAUACAAGCAUUACUACAGGGCGGUGUCAAAGCAUAUCAAAUAGGAGUUAUAGCGACUUACAGGGCGCAGGUAGCUCAGCUUUCCGCUAUUCUUAACCAUACAAACGUGGAAAUUAAUACUGUGGAUCAGUAUCAGGGCAAGGACAAGAAUGUGGUGUUUUAUUCAUGUUCCAAGUCAGUAGAUACAGAAAAAGAAUGGACUAGUAAUAAGUUUGAUCUACUUGAAGAUAAACGGAGACUAAACGUUGCCAUAACUAGAACAAAACACAAACUAAUAUUCGUAGGCGAUUGGGCAACGCUGCAAAAGUAUACCACCUUUAUGAAGAUCAAAGAUAUUUUGGAAGAAAACGCCAUAAAUUUAUCCAGUAUCGAAAAUUUUCAGUGGAUGGAUAUUUUAAACUCAGUCAAUGUAUGAAUUCAUUAUUUUUCUAUUUAUAUCUAGUAAGAAUAUUAUUUUUAUUUGUUUUGUCUUUACAUAAACUAUUUU